AUGGGGAGCUUCAGUCAUGCAAGACAAGCCUCCCCAGCCCGCGUCUAUAAAGCCUCCACGCCCCGCUGUCCGGCUGGACAGAAGCUCAGAGCCAGCACCACGCAGCUGAAUUUCCAUGGCCUGAGGGCCCUGGUGACAGGGGCCGGGAAAGGGAUUGGACGGGACACUGUGAAAGCCUUGCAUGCCUUGGGAGCCAGAGUGGUGGCUGUGAGCCGCACCAACGCUGACCUGGUCAGCCUCUCCAAGCAGUGCCCCGGGAUAGAGCUGGUGUGUGUGGACCUGGGUGACUGGGAGGCCACAGAGCAGGCACUGGGCAGUGUGGGCCCUGUGGACCUGCUGGUGAACAACGCUGCUGUGGCACUGACAUACCCAUUCCUGGAGACCACCAAGGAGGUCUUCGACAGGUCCUUCACUGUGAACCUGUGCUCUGUGUUCCAGGUGUCCCAGAUUGUGGCCCCGGGCAUGAUCAACCGUGGGGUGCCUGGCUCCAUCGUCAAUGUCUCCAGCAUGGUGGCCCAUGUCACCUAUCCCAACCUAGCUGCCUACAGCUCCACCAAGGGCGGAAUGACCAUGCUGACCAAAGCCAUGGCCAUGGAGCUGGAGCCAUACAAGAUUCGGGUGAACUCUGUGAACCCCACGGUGGUGCUGACAGCCAUGGGCCAGCAUGUCACAACGGACCCCGAGUUGGUCCGGAAGCUGAAGGAGCGUCACCCGCUGCGGAAGUUUGCAGAGGUGGAGGACGUGGUCAACAGCAUCCUCUUCCUGCUCAGCAACCUCAGCGCCUCCACCAGCGGCUCGGGCAUCCUCGUGGACGCCGGGUACCUGGCCUCCUAG